CUCGGCACAGAUGGCGAAGCUCUGACGAGGCUGCGUCACCCUCGAGGCAACAUCGCCACCGAAAGCACACGACGACAACAUCCACGCCCUCGACCUCGCCGCGGCAGCCUCUCUUACGCAAUCGCCUUACACCCCGCCGCCCGCGACCUGAGCAUGCAAAUAGACGGCGAAACGACAAACACACCAGCAGCUGUUACUGGACCGUUGGAACUUGGCAUGCGCGUUUCCCUCCAUACGACUUUGUGACCGCUGUCGACACUCGAGCAUCCCGUCAUCGGCUAGACCGAGCAUCGAACACACGAAACGAAAUACCCUAAAGACGUCUUUCCUUCGGCCGCAUCAAACGGGAACAUUGUUGAGCGGCCCGCGAGCUGACGCAGCGUCGCCUGCUCUUCCGUCAAGGCCCUAGGCUUCAACUGGCCAGCGCUGGGACGCAGGCAUCAGCCUUGCGCGGCUAACACAGCGAGCAGAACCGCGGCUGCUCACCGCUGGCCUCCAACAUGACUGCUCGAUAUGAUUUGCGGGGGCAGGACCAGGACACGGGCUCCUACGCCGCCCUGCCCGGCACCGCGCAGACCGAGUUCGUUCAACAUAACAUGACGCCGAUGAAGUCUCGCCUCACCCCCGGCAAGGAAGUUGGCGGCUGCCACCCGAGCCGUUGGGUAUACGAGCUCACCAACAACGACUUUACCUUCUGCGACCUUUUCAAUAGAGCUAGAAGUGCCGGUUUGGAGACCCCCUAUGCGUGGGAUCACCCCCACAAGCUCGUCAUAAACGGAAACCAGAGCUUCGCUACAUCGUCGACGCGAGUCUUGUCGGCCAUCUGCCUAGAUUGCCAUUUCCAUUUCGUCUUCAAGAUGGUUUGGGACAUUGCCCACGUCGACUCACUGUGCCACAGCUCCCAGUCACGAUGGCCUCUGCGAGAUAACGACUUCCCCUGGCACCAUCUCACGUGGGCUGGCUCUUCCUCGGACGUCGAGGUCACGAGCGAUCACAACAAGUACCAACCCCUCCUUGCGCGCGAGUACUUUGUGUGCUCAGCUCCGCCGUGCACCUUCCAGAUGACGCUGGAGAUCUCGAUGCCUCGCAUGGGCACAUGGUGGUUGAAACUCUUGAUGGAUCGCGGCGCUGUCCGUGAGCAGCUAAGGGUGGCGAAAGAGCAUGAACCAAGCCGUUACGAGGGCGCUACAGACGAGUGGGCGACCCAGGCACCGUUGAAUCUUAACACGUACCUCAAGAACCUACUCGAGUCGACUCCAGAGGAUGUCAGAAGCAUUUCGAAGCGCAAUAAGAGAUUCGCAGUGCUUUUUGGACCCCGCUGCUUCUCCAUUUUCCGACACCUGGAGUUCACGGAGCAGGUGGUAGAGCGCGACGGGAUGGACGAAGGCUCGUUCACGCCCAUAGCGCCGGCACCGUCAGGCGGACCUUCUGGGACGACGGAAAUCGGCACGUACCGCGCGUACCUGGAGGACGUCAGAGCCGAGGUGCAGUGCCUCAUUCAUAAGGCGGGACAGGCUGCUGAGAAGCCGACGUACUGCGCGCCUGUGCUGCACCAGGACCUUCAGUGCGCCGAGGUACCCAACGUCCAGGGCAGCGCCUUGGUCAACUUGGAUCGUUACAGGCUGCUGGGCAUCCUGCCGGGCCAGUCCCGCGAGGUGAUUGUCAACGCCUACAAGCGCCAGUGGGAGCUGUUAUCCAGCCGCCGCCGCGCUCUGGUGGAUGGCCUGACGGCGGUGGCCAACGACACGGGUGACGAGAUGCUCUCAGACUACGCCAUGACUCAGUCGUCUGUGUUCGAGAGCCAGCUGCAGCGACAGGGCACGAGCGACGAGGACGGCGUACUUACGCAAGCGCUCGAAUUCCUCGGCCUGCAGCCGCCGAACAACUACUCGGCCGACUCCAUCAUCGAAGCUUUCCGGCAGAAACUUGCCAAAGACCCCGCAGAGGCUGUCAACGCGCGAUCCAUGUUGAUGAUCAUCGCACGCGCGUCCAACGACGACAUGUACCAAGCGUCAUUGCUUAUGGAGUCUGACGCAAAAAUGUCGCUCGACACCGCCCGGGCGAUCCUGGGCUUGGGCACCUCGGACGUACCGUGGCAGACAGCUGCUGAAGCGGCCAAGAAAAAGCUGGAAGACAGCAAGAGUUCAGAGGAGAAGGAGGUAUUGCUCGACGCCCUGGAGGCGGUUGCAGACCAUACCAACUCUCCGACCUUGAAACAGGCAGUCCUGGAAAUGCGCAACUCGAGCGGCAUCAUGAACUACGGCGGCUCGUCGAAAGAGCCCGCCGACCUGUCCCUGCCUGUCGGCCUCCACAACAUUGGAAACACUUGCUACCUCAACAGUCUUUUGCAAUACCUCUUUACCGUCAAGCCCAUACGGGAUGUGGUGCUCAACUACGACCAGUUACGGCUUGACCUGACGGAUGAGAGCAUCAAGUCUCGUCUGCUUGGCGGAAACAAGAUGCAGAUGGACCGCGGGGAGGCAGUCGUCGCCCAAGCUUGUGAGUUGCAGAGAGCUCGGUCGUGCUUCGAUUGCUUACAUGUUCUAGUCGCGCAGGAGCUCGCCACUUUAUUCCAGAAUCUACAAUCCUCGGACCAGGCUGCCACGCGGCCGUCUCAACGCCUUGCCAACGCGGUGCUCCUGUCGACGCACACCUUGCUGCACAGCGACAAAUCUACCACGAAGACAGAGGUUGGAACUCAGCCGCCACCUCUCCCCGCUCGCCCCUCGCCGGCUGCUCCCGCCAGCAAGGCAUCUGAUGUCGACAUGGUCACUUGCACGGUCAAGGCCGUGCCAGACGCGACGGAAACGGCUAGCAUCUCGAGUUCACGAACGUUGGUCGAUCAAGAAGAUGCCCGAUCAGACCGUUCCUUUGAGAGGGUGCAGCCGGUAGCCGCCGCCGAGGAAAGCAGGCAUGCUGGUGAUACCGUCGCGGUUACAGUGAGUGAGGACGUUCAUAUGGUCGACGACAGCGAACAGGCCGAGGAGCAGCCACGUCAAGUUUCGCAACAGGAUGGCGAUACUCCUGCUCCAAACAGCGACAUCGUCAUGGUCGAUGCCAGCGAGCCCGAGACGGUCGAUCAAAAGGUUCUCAACGCCUUGGAGCAUCAGUCGCGAUCAUCCGGCACCGACCAGCAGGACGUUGAGGAGGUCAUGGGCAGCAUCAUCAACCGGCUUCAAGCAGCCAUCCGACCCAGCUCGAUAGAUGCAAAGACGGGCAUCCAGCUGGAGAAGAUUAUGGAGACAUUUUUCGUCACCACGGUCAACUAUACCAAGAAGUUUGACGACAAGUCUUACCAGCACGAAAUUAGCUUCGACCGAUCCAUCACCGCUUUCCCGGCCCCCGACGGCCCGUGUUCGUUGUACGAUGCCCUGGGCCGCAACUUUGACCAGCAGAUCCUUGAGGAGAGCAAGCUGUCACGAUAUACCGCCAUCAAGACGCUGCCGCCUGUGCUGCACGUGCUGAUACAACGAACGCAGUCGACGGGUAGAAAAAACGGGAACCCCGUCGUGAUUCCCGAAACCCUCUAUCUGGAUCGCUACAUGGAUGCACCGCACGACUCGCCCACGUUUCGGCGUAGGGUUGAGGACUGGGCCAUCACGGAUCGCAUCGCGGAUUUGAGGACGCAAAUCGAGGGUAUUGAUGCCAACCCGACAUACCUAAACUUUCUAAACAGCAUUGUCAACGGAGAAGAUGCGGUGAAAGGAGAUGCCGUAUCAGAGAAAGAGAACAUCAAGGAGGACGUGCACGUCGCCAAACCCGAGGAGACGUGGGACUUUGACGGCCCGGUCGAGGAUGGCUUCCUCCUCGUGUCGCCCACCAACGCCCACAGUACCGAGCCGCCUGCAGCAACGGCCCAGAAAGAGCAGGUCGCUCCAUUCGACGCCCGAGCAACAGACGGCGCCUUGCGGCAGAUGAUGGAGUCGGAGCUGGCACACCUUGAAAAGAUGUUGGCCAAGAGGCUGGACAGCAUGCGAAGCAUUCCGUAUCGCCUGCAUGCCGUCAUCUGUCAUCGGGGCCAGCUCAUGUCCGGACACUACUGGGUGUGGAUCUGCGACUUUGAGGAGCGUGUGUGGCGGUUCUACAAUGACGAGUCUGUCCAGGAAAACAGGGACACGGCCGACGUGCUGCAUAAGCUGAGCACGAGCGGCGAGCCCUACUACCUCUGCUACGUCCGCGACCAAGACAAGGAAGAAUACGUCGACGUGCCCAAACGACACGUGCAGACGCCCACAUCGGUCGAGGAAGACACACCUCAGUCCGGGCUGGCGGCCACCGACAGAGACGGCGAUGUGGACAUUAACGGCGCGGAAAAGGCGCUUGAGCAAGAAGACGGCGAGAUUGAGCGUCCGACGUCGCCAAAGUACAGGAUCGAGUAAAGACGAGUCGUUGCAUAGGGAGUCGGGGCGGUUUACGGGGUCGCAACCGGAGGGUUGCGGCGGAGAGCGUUUGCACGCAUGCGCGUUUGGUAUCGCAUCAGGGACUUUUGAGCGAGCGGGCUCGUUGGGCGUUAAACACGGACAGCAUGCACGGAUACGAUGAGGCGAGUCGGCGUUUAGAGUCAGCCGAGUAGAGGUUUGCAAGUAGACGGCCUGUUAUUACGAUCCCACGCCUUGAACCUCUGAUGCGAAUGGG